CUUUCACAUAUCCAAUAUCGAAAAAGUAAGAACAUGCAAAAGAGAAAGAACAGACAGGACACGUCAAGCAAAGAGACUCGCAAGAGUAAGCCGUUGAAGCAAACUACGGUCGUAAUUCCUAGUGAACCCCGAGAUGAUUCCGAGAGGUCAAGUGAAGGGUCUGACCAAGAAGAAUGGUGGGAAGACGCUGAGGGACGAUCCCAAAAUGGUGACGAUAUGAUAGAUGACGAAGAAGAAAACGACGGUAUACCAGACUCUCCCGCGUCAAAACGACCGAAGCUUGAUCCGGAAGCGGAAGAAAAGCAGCGAAAGAAUAGAGCAGAGCAGAAAAGUCUUCUCCUCGAACGAAAAGCACAGAAACCCAAUGCAACCCUGAUACAGCAGGCAAAGAGAAUAUGGGAGAAGCUCAGGCAAAAGAAGCUUGAUGAGGGCGAACGUGAGAAACAAAUGGAGGAAUUGAUGGCACUCAUCAAAGGCAAAGUACCUGAUAUCAUCUUCAAACACGAUGCAAGUCGCAUUGUUCAGUGCGCACUGAAAUACGGAAAUCGGGCCCAACGCGAUGCAAUUGCAGCUGAACUUAAAGGACAUUAUGCUGCAGUUUCACAGAGCUCCUACGGUCGGUUUAUUAUCUCAAAGAUCCUAAACUACUGUAGCGCAGAAUAUCGCAGUCAUGUCAUCAAAGACUUCCAUGGAAAGAUCCGAAAACUCAUUCGUCACCGUGAAGCGGCCGUUGUUCUUGAGGAGGCUUACUCACAGUUUGCGAAUAGUCAACAGCGGAGUUCGCUUCUUGAAGAGUUCUAUGGACCGGAAUUUGCACUUUUCAAGAAUGGCGGCGGACGAAACAUUGAGACUCUGAUUGCAGAAAAUCCUCAUAAAAGAGCUGGGAUCGUCAAGCACCUGCGAGAGGUGCUCAACUCUGUUCUGGAAAAGGGCUUCACCAACAUCAGCCAUCUGUCUAUCGUGCACCGUGCAAUCUUAGAAUACCUUACAUAUGCAGAAGAAAAGAAUAUUGCGGAUAUGGUGGAGCUUUUGAAAGACCACCUCGUCUCCAUAUUGCACACAAGAGAAGGAGCGAGAGUUGCUCAGCGCUGCAUUCUCUAUGCCGGUCCUAAAGACCGGAAACAUAUCGUCAAGACAUUCAAGGGGUAUAUUGGAAAGGUUGCACGAGAACAAUACGGACAUACGGUUUUGUUCACAAUCUUCGACGCGGUGGACGAUACGGUCUUGAUCGAAAAGGCCAUUAUUGGGGAGCUGGUUACCGAUGGACUAGGCCCCGGUGAAGCGUUUGGGGAUUUGUUGCGAGACCGGGUUGGUAGCAAAGUUGCGCUUUAUCUAUUAUGCGGGAGGAACAGAAAGCUCCAGCCGGCAUUUGUGAUCGAUGAGCUCGAAGCUCUGGAUCCGAUACGUGCGCGAACGAGUAAGAAAGAUGAUAAAGUUCGUAGAGAACAGUUGUUGAAAGCCUUUAGCCCCCCAUUGAUCCAAACCGUGGAGCAACGGUGUGCUGAGCUGAUAAGGGAUGGAGACGGUAGCAUCGUGCUGAUGGAGACAGUGAUUCGCGCCGAAGGAGAUAAACAGUCCUUGAUCGAAGCCAUUGCCUCAUUGGCCGAAGGUCGUGAUGGUGCUAGUGGACUCGUUGACACAGAGUCCGGACCCGUCAAUGUAAUAAAGAAAAUGAAAGCCGAUGCAGUGUUGGCGAAGCAGCAAGAAGAGGGCAUUGAUCUAUCGCAGCAUGUCUUGAUCCAUCGAAAAGCGACUUCCGUCCUGAAGAAUCUUGUAGCACCUCGGAAAAAGGUCCCAAAUGGUGAAGAUGAAUAUAAGGGUUCACUGGUAUUCGCAACCGCCCUGGCCAAACGCGUGGCUCCGAACGUUGCCUACUGGCUUCGGCACUGUGCGGAAGAUCCCAAACGGACCAGUGGCACUGCAUUUGUAUUUGUUGCAUUGGUUGAGUCAGGUGGCACUGAGGCCCAACGACUAGUUAUAGAUGCUGUUCAUAGUGAAGCUGGACUGAUCGAGGAGCUGGAGCAAAAAGUGCAGGCGAACCUUGCAAAAGUAUCGUCAAGUCAGGAAGACGAAGAUGUUGCCGGGAGAAGAAAACGAAAGACGGGGAAGCCAAGCACGGAGGGACAAGGAGGGUCAAAGACAGGGAUGGAAAUCUUGUUAUUGAAAUUGCGGGAGAUGGAAAGUUAGACUUGAGCUUAUCACAUUGCUUACCUUAUCACUUAAGCUUAAUAAAUUAUCACGUGUCAUGGGCGCGGUCCGCCAUGUUGGAC